AUGAAGAAGAAAAAGCAUAAACAGUCUCCAUCCAAGCACUCGAAGACUUCUAACUCGAGCUCUUCGAAAUCAUCUCAAUCAUAUUCGGAUGUCUUAGCUCCUGGUGCUACGACGAGCGAUGAGCCCCUAUCCCCUCAGACGAUAGAUGCGGCCAUCUCUUCGGAUGCGUUGGUCAUGGCUCAGCCAUCUGAAAUUGUCCAACCGGAAUCUGUUGCUCCGGUGAUCGCUGUUCAACCGGCUGAUCCCGAACGAACACCACAAGAAAAGGUGGCUGAGGAAGUCACAACAAAUGCGAACAUAGUAAGCAACAAGCCUACUGUCUAUACUACUGCGGAAGCUACAAGAGUAGCCGACCCAGAACAGAAACCAGCGGAGACUCAAGCUAUUCUUGGUGCUCUCUGGUGA